AUGGCGUUAGCGACAGAGCGGCACAUCAGGCCAGUAGCAUUUUCGCCAGAUGAGACUGGUAUUACUGGGCCUGAUCCUCGAGAUGAAGUUACUUUACAUCAGCCCGGACUAGUCCCAGACCACCUGGGGGCGCUCGACGAAAACGCGCUCGUCGUUGAGUCUUCGUUCGCAAUGCCAAAUAAUCGAAAAGGCGUUUCAACCCAUCUCUUGACUGCCGCCCGAACUGCGGGCUUGGAAAUUGUCGACCCUGCAAAUUUCUCGGAUAUAGAAGAACUAUUGACAUCGAAGGCAGAGAAGCGGGUACUGGACGUGGACCUUCCAUUUUGA